GCAGCACUGACUGGGUGACGGAGGAAGAACAGUUGCUGAGGCAUGUGGUUGGAUUCCUGCUGUCAGAUUCCUGUUUCCUCAACGACAGACUUGCAGAAAGCAAAGUGGACACCCGAGGGCAUGUUUUUGUGUCUGCUUGUUUUUAGCCUGUUAGCGCGUCCCUGGUAGUCCAGGUAUCAGGGAGUGUUCAGAAUAAUCUGUAUCAUGUUUACUGUAUUAAAUCGUAAAACUGCCGUGCCUGCUGGGUUCACACAGAGCCAAGAUGUUGUUAUUACAUGGGGCUAUGAAUCAAACACUGAAAAGUUUGUUCAUAGUUAUUUAGAUUCUUUAUUUGUUUUGUGAUUUGGGGAUCUUCCGUCCGCCUAGUGCUGGCCUACAGCACUUACUAAAGCUUUGCUCACAAUGUGGAAUUGAUUUUGACAUCAAAUAUGAUGCAAAGAAGAGAAAUAUUACGAUUGUUAGUGAGAAUGUAAAGAAGACAGCAAAUAAGUAUCUCCUGAAUUCUAACGUGUGCAAAAAGGUUAAAUAUGUUUAUAUAGCAGAUGAUCUAACAGGUGAUAAAGACAUUCACAGACAGUGACAUGAGCUUGACACACAAGCUACUUGCACGCAAAUUUGUCAUGUGUUCGGAGACUGUGGAGGUUAAAGCUUUUUAGUUUAAAGCUUUUUGUACCCCAUUAUAAAUAGCCUACAGUAAAAAUAACAUGCAGAGGCUGAACUUGGCCGAUAAUGAUGGUGUGAGAUGCUCCACGAUGAAUUAGUGCCAGCAAAAUGAAUGUCAGCAUACCGACCUGCCCGGUGGUGAAGCACAUAAACCAAGAAAAACUGAUCAAAUCUGGGCAAGUUAAAGUCUGACGGGCAAAAGACUUCUGAAGCGAAAGUGGCGUCAGAGCCUGAUCGGUUCCAGGAGUAACUUGAACAGACUCACUGUCACUGUCAUUCUUCUUCACCAAGCAUUACCCCAGAUUCAUUCAGGUGUUCACUAAAAUACUCGAGCAAACAUCAAGAGGAAGAUUUAGCUGGGUGACUGUCGACUGAUAGCAACACAAAAUGUGCUGACAUUAGCAUUCGGCACACAGUAACAAAGGUUAUCUUAACUUUUCCUUUUUCAUUGUUCAAGUAUAAAUCUGACAAAUUCCCCCAAAAAUAUAGUAGACACACCCUCAGUGCCCUUAGUGGUGGCUACAGUCCUGGAUCCAUUUUGGUGAUUAUUGUCGCUGGUUGUGAUUCCCACAAGUUUGUGGGAGUUCAACAGAAACACAAACAACUGCAAAAUUUGCUCAUAUUAACCUUGUAUGUUUGUUAUUUUUCUCAGGCUUUAUCCAUGGGGAGCAUCUCAGGAGUCUCGCUUCUGCUCCUAGUGGUGUGUCUGACGAGUCCCAAUGUCCUGGGUGGAAAGAUUCUGGUGUUCCCAAUAGAUGGCAGCCACUGGAUCAACAUGGACGUGAUGAUCCAGGGCCUACAUGCCAGGGGCCACGAGGUCACGGUGGUCCGUACAUCCACUAGCUGGUACAUCAAAGAAAACGCACCACAUUACCGCUCCAUCACGGUCACCCUACCAGAAGCCAUGAACAUGGAAGAUCAGGACUUCUUUGCAACCCUUCUUGCCAAUAUUCUGACAACACAGAGAGAGGGGGGAUCUUUUAUCAGCACUGCGAAGUGGUACUGGGAAAUGCUCGGUGCACUGUCGGACAUUCACCAACAGGCCGGACAAUUGGUGGUAGAAAUAUUUGAGAACAAGACUCUGAUGCAGAAUAUGCGUGACACUCAGUUUGACGUGGUUCUUAUUGACCCGGGAGUGCCUGUAGGAGUUCUGGUGGCUCAUGAGCUUAAACUGCCAACUGUUUUUAACGUGAGAUGGAUCACCAGUGGAGAAGGGCAUGCUGUGGUAGCUCCAUCUCCAAUAUCCUAUGUUCCAGUUGCAGGACAUGUUGUGUCAGAUAAGAUGACCUUUGGACAAAGGGUUCACAACACAAUUAAAUAUGUCUUCAACACGUGCUUUCACAAGUUUAUAGUACGCCCCCACUAUGACAGACUGGUAGACAGGUACUUUGGUCCAGAUGUGAACUUCUAUCACCUUCUACAAGGAGCAGACAUCUGGCUCAUAAGGGUGGACUUUGUCUUUGAAUUCCCCAGGCCCACCAUGCCAAACAUCGCCUACAUUGGAGGUUUUCAGUGUAAGCCUUCGAAGCCUUUAUCAUCAGAGCUGGAGGAGUUUGUUGAAAGUUCAGGAGAGCAUGGAUUCAUCUUGAUGUCUCUUGGUACACUGGUCAAAAGCCUACCUGUAGAAAUCACUUCUGAAAUCGCUGCCGCCUUUGCCCAAAUUCCACAAAAGGUCAUAUGGAGGCAUGCCGGUGAGCGACCAAACAAUUUGGGCAACAACACCCUACUGUUAAAUUGGUUGCCCCAGAAUGACCUUCUGGGACACCCAAAGAUUAAAGCCUUUGUGGCCCACGGUGGCACUAACGGCAUCUAUGAGUCCAUCUACCACGGAGUGCCAAUAGUAGGCAUGCCCCUUAUGUUUGACCAAGCUGAGAACGUUCUGAGGUUGGAGAUCCGAGGUGUCGCUAAGGUGGUCGAUGUUACCAAAGUCACUCGCCAGAACUUUCUGGAAGCAAUACAAGAAGUACUUCACAAUCCCUCAUACAGAAAUAACAUGAAGCGUCUGUCUGCUCUCCAUCGGGAUAAACCAAUGCAUCCUCUGGACACGGCCCUUUACUGGAUUGAGUUUGUUAUUAGGCACAAAGGAGCUGCACAUUUACGCACUGAGUCUUAUAAGAUGCCAUGGUAUGCCUAUCAUUCUGUGGAUGUUAUAUGCUGUUUGUUAGCAGUGCUGUUGAUGCUUAUUAUUAUUGUGGCGGGAUUAAUGCGAUUCCUUUGCUUUAGACUGUGCAGGAGGAGAAAACCCAAGCAAGAGUAGACUCCUCACAUCAGAUUAACUGAAAUGACUCAACAACUACUGAAUAGAUUUCCAUGAAAUAAUUAAAAUAUCUUGACAACUAUUUUUGAAGCUCAGGAGCAGGACCACACUUCAACCCUGCCACUUCUGACAUUCACCAUUUCUGCCCUUCACUUCAACUCACUUGGUCAUGCCCGCAACCCAUCUGAUUUUCAGACGCUUAACUCUUAAGCUGUCUCUUUUUCAAACAGAUGCUAAAUAAGCUAUAUCUAGCAUAAUUUCAUUGACCAUUUAUGAGGCUACAAUAAUAAAUAAUUUAAACGGAUCUUGUUGAUGGUGUGCUAGUGAAAGAGUUAUCAAUGGAGCUAAGAGGAUAAUUCCUAAAAAUUCUGGUAAUCCUCUGAUUUAUCAUCCAGCACAAUCACAAGGUUGAUGUUUUCACUUCCCCAGUAAAAUAUCUCAGAUAUAUUAUAGAUAUAUUACAUUGAUGAUUCUCAAAUGAAUUAUGAUGACAAUAUAUUGACUUUAAAUCUAGCACCACCAUGGAGCUACUUUUGUCCAUUACUUUGAUUUAUAACCAGUUAUAUGUAAAACUAAUGACAUAAAUGACUAAAUUAAGAUGGUGGCCAUUUAAAACAAUACAUCUGUUUAACUUGACCAUGUUUGCAUUAUCUUUGUGAGCAUGUAAGCACGAUUUAAGUGGGCAACUGGCAUUAUAUAUAUGUUUAAAAACGAUUUGUUAGUGUAUGCAGAUCUGAAAUUCAGCAAGACAAACACAUUUAACUGUCUUGUUUUACGUUUAGGUGAGGGUUAACAUUACAAAGUGAAUGCUGAAGUCUGUUGAAGUUUAUAUGAAUAAAGAAGUAAGAAAAAACUAAUUGUCUGGAAGAUAACUGUCUGUAUUUGCGAGCUUUAUUUAGUAGCUAUAGAGCUUAGUACCAUUUUUUUUUUUU